UUUCAUCAAACAACUUUAUCACGUGUCAACUGUAUACGAGGCUUCAGGCGACGAAAGUGCACUAAAAGCAUAUCUCUGCUUCCAGAACAAAGCAACACAAUUUCCUUCUGGGUUUUGUAAUUCGGAUCUCAAACUCACAUGGGUCGGAGGCAAAUCAGCUCCAACCUCACCCGACGUUGUCGUCUCUAUUUUCUCACUUUAAGCCUCAUUUCUUGUUCAAUUGUAUAUUUGUAUCUAUCUUUUGAUGAAAAAGGUGAAAAAUUGGGGAGAAAUACAAAGUGUUGUAAAGGGGUGGAGCAUAUGGAACUUUGGGGUAAUGCUGUGAGAUGGGGUGCUAAUCAUAAGGCAGGUUCUGCACAGGAAUGUUGUAAGGCUUGUAAGAAGAUGUGUGGUGGUGAGAAAGGGGAGUGUUUGUGUGAUUCUUGGGUGUAUUGUGGUGAUAAAGAUGCUUGUGGGAAUAAGUUUGGUGAGUGUUGGCUGAAGAAACAGAAAGAUUCCUUAGAUCCUGACAGACGUGAGUCAGGAGAUCAGAUCAUGUGGACUUCGGGAAUCAUAUACGGAAAAGGAGAGGGUAUUGUUGGCUUGGAAACCUCUGGUUAUGGGAUUAUCUAUAUAAAACUCCUUCCUGAGUGUGCUCCACAAUCGGUUUCUUAUAUCCUCGAAUUGUUGGCCACACAUCACUGUCCUGGUUGCCACUUGUAUCGUGCAGAAAGUCGGGGAAGUGCAUGGGAUUUAGAAGGAAACCACAUUCAGGAUGCUCCAUUUGGCCCUCCUUUUGCGAUGAUCCAAGGAACACUAGAAGCACAUGGGACCAUAUUUAACAAAAUCCCGAAAGAGCUCUCUUACCAAAUAAACAGAGGAUCAGUUGCAUGGAUUGGUUCUGGACCAGAAUUCUUCAUCAGCUUAGCCAAUCAUAAUGAAUGGAAAAAUGAAUAUAGUGUUUUUGGCUUUGUUCUCCCAGAAUACAUGAAAGUCGUGGAGAUCAUCUCCCAAUUGCCUACCAAGCAAGACUUGUGGCAUAACAUCAAUGUUUCUGUCUUAAAAAAAACAGUUCCUAUAAGGUUUCGGAGAUUUAGCGAGGACGUAGCUGCACAAUAAUAGUACGCAAAUGUACUGAUAUAGUUUUUAAGUUAAGGUACAUAUUUUGAUCUACUUUGUGGAAUUAUUUCAAGUUUUAAUUUUGAAUGAAAGAUGAAUAAGAAAUUGGCGGUUAUGAAGACUUAA